AUGCCCUGCACCUGCCCCCGCACGCACUCUACCCUCAAGCGCUACGGCGGCGGCCUUCUCGUGCUCGCCGCCGUGCCCACCAUCGCAGUCGCCGGCGCGGCCCUCGCGCUCCCCGCCAUCGGGUUUGCCAGCACCGGCGUCGUUGGAGGGAGCAUCGCCGCAGGCCUCCAGUCCGUCGUGUACGGCGGCGCGACUGGCGGCAUGUUCGCCGCACUCCAGUCCGCGGGCGCGACCGUGGUCGCGCCCGCCGCCGCCCACGUCGUCGCUGCCGCUAGCUCCGCCGGUCUCGGAUUCGGCAUCCUCGCCAGCGACGGGAGCGGGGCGGCGGAGAAGGGCAAUGGCUCGCGGGGCGCAGCGGAUGGGGAAGACGAGAUGUGCGCGUGCGACGGCGGCUUCCUGGGCAUCAUCCUCCUGCUAAUCGACCCUACCAAAAUUGGUACCCUCUUCUACAUCAUCGCCCGAUGGAUCCUCUCCCUCCUCUCCCGCCUUCCCACCGACGCACUCCUCGCCAAGUGGCGCCACGCCUUCCGCCGCAUCCUCGCCGCCGCCAUGGACUACGUCUGCUGGGACAAGCUCAAGGACGCGCUCUUCGCGCUCAGCAGCCUGCUCCUCAUGCUUGGGAUCCUCGCUGCUAGUAUUUAUCUCGUUGGCUUCAGGCGCGUCGGGGUCGCCGUAGGGAGCAUCGCCGCGUUCAUACAGUCCGUCUUCUACGGCGCCGCGACCGGCGGGCUCUUCUCCGUCUUCCAAUGCGUGGGGACGAUGCUCCACCCCGCCGUGAUCGUGGGGCUCCUCGUCGCGGGGGUUGACUGGCACGUCGAGCUGCUCGCCCCGCACGGCGAGUCGCGCGCGGACUGGGAGGCACGACACAUGCGGGGCCAGGCGCGGACCAGUUUCGGGGUGCUCGAGCAGCCGGUGCGGCUCGUGCGGCGGCGGCGGCGGCGGGCGUGA